GUCGACAAUCGGGAAUCUCAAAUCGCGUCGUUAAUGGUAGAAUAUCAAGCUGUGUUAAUUUUACAGUUACCGUACUGUUUGCAUUUCUACACGCGUUAUGAAAACUUAACAAAACUUUCAUUUUGUAUUGAUUAACCACGCAAGUAAUAAAAAUAAUUCCUCAUUACAUGUUCGUCCGGCGACAGUAUUGAUUGACACAGUUUAAGGGUUUUCAUUAGCCAUGGCUUCAAAAGCGCCUAAUAUGUCGAGUAAAAAGUCCGUAAUAUGGGCCUACCUGUUCUGGUUGUGCACCGGUAUAUUUGGGGGUCAUCAUUUCUACCUGCGACGGGAUAGGCACGCCUUUGUAUGGUGGACAACUCUGGGAGGGUUUUUCGUCGGCUGGCUGGGAGAAAUAUUUCGUAUCCCUAGGUAUGUAAGAGAUGCUAACGAAGACCCUAAGCAUAUGGAGGAGCUCGCCCACAGAAUGAUCCAGAACAAGAAGCCGCCAUUCUCCAUGAAUCGGUUCACGGGUAUGCUGAUGGUCGGCUAUUCCUGGGGACAAAUGACAAUGUUUGCUAUACCACCUGACUUCUGGGGCAUGAAUCUCAAGUAUCUUAACCUCUUGAUACCGUUGUCAGUUGCGCUGGGUGUAUGGACAGUGGGCAACAUUGGACGUGAACAGGGCUCUCUGAAGUGGCCACUCAUUGGCGCUUACCUCGGCUACCCGGUUCGUUAUUACGUGUACGACGAUAGUCUCUGGUUUACCGUCAUGCUACUUGCCUCAGCCUGCGCCUUCGACUCCUACUCCAAGGAAUGGAGGCGAACUCCUAAGAAGAAGACCCAUAUUGCCAAGCGUGUUGUUAUCCUCGGAGUUUGUGCGGCCCUGUACCUUGGGCUCUGGUGCAGCUACCUGUACUUCCACGGGACGAUCACAGACAGCGAGGGUGACGAGGUGCCAAUAUACGAAGCUCUGCAUCAUUUCUUCACUAGUCCGUGGUGGUUGGAUGUGAAACAAUGUCUCCUGGAAACUUACCAGUAUGCACAGCACCAUGGUUGGUACGAGGUCUGGAAGCAAAUAAUAGACCUGUCUGAUCCACAUGGAGAGCAAAACGCCUAUAAGGUUCUGGGCGUUGACCGGGACGCCAGCCAGCAAGAGAUCACGUCGACGUGGAGAAAGUUGUCGCGAGAGCAUCAUCCCGACAAAGUGAAGGACCAGAAAGAGCGCAGGGCUGCCCAAGAACGCUUCAUGGAAAUCCAACAGGCCUACGAAAUCCUGUCCAACAGCAAGCACCGCAGAAACCGUCGCAAUAAAAAAGACAACUCCGAACCAAGUACUACCAAAAUAGAUUUGUAGGAUCAACUCAAAGGUGACCCGUACUUGCUCAUCUGCGAGUCUUGGGAUCACUUUUUGGGAGCAUUAUUACUCAAACUACGGAAAUUAAUCAUCCUGUCUACGUAUGGGUCUGUGAUUUUCGUAAUUUAUAUGGGAGUCAAACCUUUUCAUAAUUAUCAGCAAAAGUUCUUUGAUGAUUGAAUUCUGGAUUUCCCGAAGUGAUGCCUAGAAUAUUCGCAGAAGUACGUGCCAUCUUUGAAGCAAUUUUAACGCAUUUAAUCAGUGGAAUUUCAAACAAUAAUAGACUUUACUUAUCUACUUUUUAAACCUGAUUCAUCGUAAAUGGACAGUAUAUAUGAUAUCAAGUAUUAUUAUGGGAAACAAAAUCUAUAGCAAUACACAAUUUAAUGCUCUAUUUGGCGAAAAACUAGAUACGGCUUGCAUGUUUUUAUAAUUAGAAUUGGCUAUCAGUAGUAUAUUAAAAAUAGUUGAAGCAGUUUUCCCGCGGUUUCACCCACGGUUCAGUAGUGUCGGAGCCUUCAGUGUAUAAACAAACAAAAAAGGUGUCCUCUGUGUUAUAUUAGUCUCUCUCUUUCCUGCUAUGCAUCCCACAUGGUGGUGGGGUCAGCUUUCCUUAUUUUUCUUCUCCACUUCGCUCUAUCCGUGACGUCGCUCUGUUAUAUUAGUAUAUAUGUUAUAAGCAAUGUGUAUUAUCCGGCAUUGUAUAGAAUGCAUAGUAUUUACUAAAAAUAAUAACUGUAUUCAACAAUUUUCUACUUUUAAACAUUAUCUCAUUAAGCCUAUUGCAAGGCCUGAUAUACCUACCAUUGUCCGAAAAAUAUUAUUUAUUUAAAUCUUAUAUCUUUAUAAGUAAAGGGUAUUAUAAACCAACUGGGCUACCAUUUCAGCUUACGCUUUUUGAGUAUUUUUAAUUGUAAAAAGGGAAGGUGUUUGAAACACCCUUGCCGGCUUACCUGCAAUUACUAUUUAAUCUAAUACACCUUAAACGUUCAAUUUUAUCACUAGGUAGGAAUAUGUAUAAACUUUCAACGACUGUUUUACAGUAGGUAUCUUAAAAAUGUAUAAAUAAGUAGAAAAUAAUAAUGGCUCAACAGUGCGGUCAACUGCAUAUAAUCUCGAAUUAAUAUUAGUAUUUUAAAUUGAAGAACUGAUGUUAUUUUAUAUGCAUUUAAAACACCAAAUUUAUUUAGAUUAUAAACUACUGUUAGCCUUCGUACUUAAUAUUGAUUUAAUUAAAAUGAAAUUGAUACGAUUAUAUUCGUAUCAAUUUCUUGUGAAAAAAAGAUCUUAUUUUUAAUAAGCGCAACGCGACGCCGUCCAUUCCUUUGUCGGAACCUAGUUUUGAUAAAGUAGUUAGGAUUAUUUUAUUUUACUUUUUAUAAAACUUGAAAUUUAAGAAAAAAAAAAUAUAAUUUUUGGCUAUUUUGUAUUAGCAGUUUAGUUAAAAACAAAAGUGUUCUUAUACUACAUAUGUCAGCUAUAUGCAGUAAGUAUAUUACUUAUUGUACUGCAGUGAAAAAUUUCCUUUAGUUAUUUUGUGAGGGCACAUUAUACAGUUUCUUCAACUUUUUUAUAUUUUUAAUUUUGUAGUUGCGGCGACAUCGAACGACAUACAAAGUUAAGAUUUUUUUAGCAGAUGAUAGUCACUUAAAAUGUAACUUACCUCUAUUUAUUUUUAAUUUAUGGUGUUUGUUAUAAGUAAUUUAUCCCACUUCAUUUGAUAAAUAGUUUAUAAGACGAUUGCAUUUUAUUUUAUAUUUUAUUUUGUCACAGUGUUGUACUUAUCGAAAGGUUGUAUUUAUUAUCCAGGUACAUUAUUGUUUUGAUGCAAAUGUUUUUUUCUUAGAUUUUAUUUACGUGUAUGGUGUCAAAUUAUUAAAUAAAGUAUUACUAAUCGA